CUUGCUAGUGACGUAAAACCAUCACUGUAAUAUGGGCGUUGUGAAAUCAACGAGGGUCAACAUGUUCAAUGUCACUGCAUUUUUACAACAUUCUGGGAGAUGUAAGCUGUCUUUAGAUUAAAAUAAGAGCAACAUCAGGACAAACGACGAUAUAUCUGAGAUAAAGUUGUGAGCAUCAUCCCUCCUCUUGCCAUCUGUCCGCCAUGUCCACUCAGGCAAGUAAACUGUUUGUGGUAGCGGUGCGGUCUGCAUGUUGCCACCCCAGGGCUAGGCCCACCCUGAAGCAGUCUGCCUCUCCCUGUAGCCCCAGGGUCCUGCUCCAGAGACGGACCUUCAGCCUGGACUCGCUUUCCUCCGGCCCCGGCCGGCCACAGCCCCAACAGGCUAGGACAGACCGGGCAUCCCCCUCUUCAGCCCUAACCCACAGGAACCUGUCUGCUGUGGCUGUCUCUGUCCAGGACCAGAGUCGCCCGCUGGGCAGGUAUGACUUCCUGGACCUAGGGGAGGUAGAGGAGAACACUCAGAGGGCUCAGCUCUGUAGAACCAUCAAAAGGUUCAUCAUAGACCCUGCCCUGGCCAAACUGGUCACUCACCACCUAGGACCUGACCUGGAGGACAGCAAAGCUGUUAUAUUUGAAUGUAAUCCAGGCCCAGGGGUGUUGACUAGGACUCUGCUGAAUUCUGGAGCUCAGAGAGUGGUGACGCUGGAGGGAGAGAAGUCCUUCCUACCUGACCUGCAGGCUUUGGAGUGUCUUCUGGAUGGUCAGCUGGAGGUGGUCCACUGUGAUUUCUUCAAGCUGGACCCUAUGGGCAGAGGCAGCAUGAGACCUCCGGCCAUGUACACUGACAAACUGUUCACUGACCUGGGCAUAUCAGAGGCAAACUGGACCGAUGAGGUUCCAGUGAAGGUGGUUGGUAUAUUCCCCCAGCGCAUUGAGAGGAGUCAGCUGUGGAAGCUACUGUAUGUCCUGUUUGAUCGGCUCUCUAUCUACCGUUACGGACGAGUAGAGCUCAACAUGUUCAUCAGCGAGAAGGAAUACCUGAAACUAAUGGCUAAGCCAGGGGACAUGUUGAACUACAGAGCCUUUGGCGCUUUAUGGCAGAUGGCAUGCCACAUCGAACUGCUACACAAGGAGCCGUGGGCAUCGUUUGUGACUUCUUCUAAGUACAAGCUGGCCAUUCCAAAGAGCAGACUUCCUAAUGACAACCUGUGUCUGGUGCGAAUGACACCUCGCAAGGACCUGUUCUCCGCCUCGCUGACCCCCUCCAAUGCAGCCACCCUGGUUAUGAUGGUCAAACAAUGUUUGGCCAAGAGGAAGGCCCGGCUAGUAGACCGGCUCAAUAUGUGGAGUCCAGACAGUGGUCCUAAGCUGCUGAAGGAGAUGGGGAUGCAGGAGGAUGUACUGACGGGCCAUGUCUACCCAGAGGAGUACAAGCAGCUGUUUGAACUGGUGGAUAAGUCCCAGGAGUUCACCCAGAGCUGGCUGUAUGAGGAGGUACUGGAGAACACCCAGAAGGAGGGAUGGAUAUAGACACACAGCGCCACCACUAGGAUUGGAGGGGUAGUGCAGCCAGGCUGUCCGAGGCUACAAUUCUAGAUAACCCUAAACCCCCAAGUUGUUGGACUGUUGAACAACUCCCAACGUCAUAGUUUAGGGUGGUCCUGAGCUGAUGAGUUUGGUAUUUGAUCUUUUUAAAAGGGGCUACAGUGUUUGUCCUGAGCUCUAUGCGAGUACUGUCCAGUCGAGCCGAAGAGUUGACUGGUGAAAGGCUACCUCUCCUACCUUCACAGGACGUUUUCUCUGCGGUUGGUUACGGGUAGCAGCAGAAUGGUUACUUUAUUGGCAAAGCAAGUUUAUAAUGAGUCAAGAUGUAUUUAAACCAUUCAAUCGCAUUUUGUCACUGUUAUUCAUGGGUUUUUAAUACUAUAGGCUUUUUGCUAACACAGCACAUGAAACUAACUGGGUCAUACUAGUAUGCGUUUCCUGAACCUGAUGUUGAAUUGCAUUGAAUACUACAUCGGGCAGAAAUUAGCAUUUUUAAUCACAAAAGUUUCCUCGCAUGACAUCUAUAAGUCAGAAUGUUGAAUAAAAUAUUUUUUAAGUACUUUACUGGUUGGUCCUUUGAGGUAGGAAUGUGAGACAAUAUAUCCACAUUAAAGUGAAAUUACAUCAACUUUUCAAAGCACUGGUAGAGUGUUCAGAUUUCUAUCACCUGAAGCAUGCGCAGAACCUUGUGAAGCCGUGCAUGAGCUUGGCAAGUAUCCAUGCUUCAGAUGAUCUAAAUCUGAACGCAAUAGCAGAACCAUGUGAAGCUGUGCAUGAGCUUGGCAAGUAUCCAUGCUUCAGAUGCUCUAAAUCUGAACGCAAUAGCAGAACCAUGUGAAGCUGUGCAUGAGCUUGGCAAGUAUGCAUGCUUCAGAUGCUCUAAAUCUGAACGCAAUAGCAGCACUUUGAAAAGUUGAUGGAAUUAUACUUUCCUGUGGAUAUACUGUCUUACAUUCCUACCUGCAAAAGGACCAACCACCUGGACAACCAGAAAAGUACAUUCAAAUAACAUUUUAUUCAACAUUCUGGCUUGUAGACGUCGUGAGACGAAACGUUCCUGAUUCAAACGCUCGUUUCUGUCCGACAAUGCAAUUCAACGUCAGGUUUCCAGGCAAUCAUAUGUGAUUGGUUUCUACCGCUUGAAUUGUUUUGUGUAUAGGUAACUUUUUAGUGUACAUGCAUACCAUGUCUACAUGUAUUGACAGUUCAUUCAGUUAUAUGUACAGUUUUGGGCUAUUAGGACUAAUUCUAAAUGGUAAGUACUAAAAUGUCUGACCAUGGUCAGUCAGUGCCAUUCUGUAUUCAUUGAUUGUCAUCAUAUGCCUUAGCAUUCCAGCUGGAUAAAUGAUUUUGUGAUUAGAGUACAUCAAAAAGCAUAUGGCAUCUUUCAUGCUAUAACCAUUGGAGGAAAUGUAAUUAUCAAAAUAAAUGUUUUGAUUAAUACUG